AACCGUGCAAGGCGCUGCCGCCGGGAACGGUGCGUGGUUCUCGGCGCUCCCGGACCCCGGUGCGCCGUUCCCGGUUCCGCCAUGGCACGGAGGAGGCGCGUCCCGCCGGGCCGGUGCCGUCCCGCAGUUAAAGCUGGAGGUAUGAGAGUGUCUAAAAAGCAAGAAUAUGGACGUGUUGAAAAAACUGCUAAACCUCCAGGAAAAGAAAAGUCAAGUGCUAUUGUCAGUCUUUCAAAACCUCAGAACAUGGGUGUCUUGGUAGCAGAAGCACUGAGCAAAAUGAGCCACAAAAUUCAUGCAGCAGCAUUACAAGUGGCUCACCAAAAGCCACAGCCUACCUUGGAGAAGUUCAUACUGCCUAAAAGAAUUUACAUUAUUCAACAGCCACGGAAAUGUUAAGAUACUCGUUAAAAUAUUCAUUUACUGAAAAACUUAUGAUUCUUCUUAUACAUAUUGUAAGUCUCGCUUUGCAGCCAUCUCGUGUUUCCUGAAAUGAAUCACAGGGAUGAUAAGGUAAGUCAACUGCUUCAUGAUUUCCCAAGUGUGAAUAUACAGUGC